UCAAACCACAAAACCAUUUGCCUGCUUUCCCCUUAUCUCUCUUUUAACUUACACACACAGAUACCACAAAACCCUUAUCUCUUUUUUUGAUUAUCUUCUUCAAACAUAUAAUCAAACAACAGUCCUCACUGAUGUGGGGUCCUGGUGCAAAUGGAGCGAAAAAGAGUAAUAAGGAAAUAACCAGCCAGUUGGGCAGGGUGAAGUGCCAGGGACCGAAUAAAAAUUGCAGCCAUUUUCCGUGAUUGGGCCGGACCCACUAUCUCUAUAAUAUUUAUAUAUUGGUCAACUACAUGUUCAUAUUCAUAAUCAUAAGAGGCAUAUGUAUUUUAUUCUUUGGUGGUUAGAAGUGAUGUAUACAAAACAAAAAAUAUGGUGAUUGGAUGAAAAUAAUUGGCAAUAAUUAUUCUUACGUGAAUUAGGGGCUGCCAACAUUGAAUUAGUGGGCCGUAAAAAGGUGAAAGGAUAUAUAUUCGAAGAAAGUGGGAGGCGGCUAUAUUGUUGGGCCUGGGCUACCAAGAGUGGUGGACGCACACAAUUAGAAAAAAAUAAGGCUGCCAUAUAUAAAAGGGGGAGACGCACGAAGACGAAAAGGAGGAGGACGAAGUCAGCAGCAACUUGGAGUUCUUGGAGCGGUUUUAAGGGCUUGGAUCAUUGGUUUGAAGAUUGGAAGUGAAGGGAUCGAAGGGGCUGCAAAUCAACAUCAGACGCAAACAGUGGAGGCGACAAGCAGGGACGAAUUUUUAGAGAUCAUUGGCAAGGAUUCAAGGCUAGAGAAUUAUUUGGGUUGAAGCAAGAGGCUUAGGGAUCAAGAAUUAAACGGGUUUUAUCUAUUUAAUUCUCUUGUUUUCUUAGUUUCUUUAUUUUACUUCAAUGAAUUCCGUUAUUGAAUCUUGUUUGUUAUCUUCGUUCAUGACUUUGAUUGGCUAAACUUUUAACCGCCUAGACUUUAAUGAAUGGAUUAAUAUAAAGUUUUUACCUUUUUCGUUAUUUGCAUGAAUGUUAUGGGUUGAUUGUGUUUAGUAAAGAGUUUGUUUUAUUGAUUUGAUGCAUAUGCGUACUUUAACUUGGUUUAUUAUUGUCAUUUGCUUCGUAUGGUUCUUAGUGACGGUCUAUAUCACAACAUAGAGUCAUAUUAGGGUUUAGGAUUUUGGUGAGUGUCUAUAUCACGUAAGAAAUCUUAACUCUUUAGGGUGAAACUGCGCAUAUAACCUUAGAAGUAAUUGGUAAUAAUUUGCUAGGUUUUAGUGUUCUGCUAGUCCUAAACCUGGGAAGUGAGAGGCUAUUGGUAGGUCUUACCCGGCGAAUUGCUUUAGAUAGUCCUUGGGAAAGGUCAUGUCUUGGUUUACCUGUCAGUUUUAUUAGUUUAUCAAGUCAAAUUGAUUACUUCAAACUACCCUAGAUCUAUGAUUGGGAAAGAGUAGGUCAACAUUAGGGUACUUACACAAUAAUUAGACAACUGCGAAGGCGUCUAAUAACCGGUAGGAUUAACGGCCUAGGUAGUUCCACAGGUUUCUCCUUGAGAAGGGUCGAGGGGCUUAGUUGGUUCUUAAUAGGUUUAGUACUUAAAGAUCCCGGUUCCAUAACUCGUGCAUUUAACUUAAUCGGUAAUCUCUUUAAAAGUAAUCCAGGAUUCUUGUCUAGGUGGUCUCGUCUCUCAUAUAAGAAUCGUCUUUGCCUUCUUUUAUAUUUAGUAUAGUUCUUAGUUAAUUAAUUAGUUUAAAUAGAUUUCCUAGAAUUUUCCGUAACCCCCCCCCACCAACUAAACAGUUAGAGUCUGUGUCAGUCUAGGUCUAGAUAGAGUCUAAUUAGCGUAAUUAGAGAGUCUCGUGGGUUCGAUACUCGGACUUACUGUAGCUAUACUGCAUUGACCGGUACACUUGCCAGUGGUGUGGUCUAGGUUUUAGAGAGCCUGAUUUUAUAAAUUUAAAACUUAGAGUGUCUAAUUUAGGGUUAAAAUUAGUUAGUUUAACUAGACCAUUUUUAGCACAUCAAGUUUUUGGCGAUGUUGCCGGGGACUCUUGGCAAUCGCGUUUAUUAGCUUUGAUAGACUUAAAUGACAUUAUACGUGCUACUUGUUUUUGUAUAUUGAGUCGUAGGUGUCCGUGUCUUUUAUUUUUCUUGAGUCUUGUGAAUAUGUGUGAAAUUUGUGGAGGACCUCAUUUUACUGUUAAGUGCCCACAAUAUGAGGGGUCCUCUGCAUAUUAUUAUGCUAACCCCUAUGUGCAGCCGCAACCAUAUUUUUCACAGGGGUAUUCCUCGUACCAGUAUGAGGAACCGUAUCACCAGCCCCAACAACAAAAUUCUGAAGUCUAUGAUCAGGACCAGCUGGAUAGGAUAUUGGGGAUGUUAGUACAACUAGUAGCUACGGAUGAGACUACUCAGAAAAUGAUUCAAGAACAUGAAGUCAUGUUUCAAAAUAACCAGUCUAUACUCUCAGACAUUCGAUGUUCAGUAGAAGAGAUGUCUAGGAAAUUAGAAGAAGUAAUAGAAACUGAGAAUAAGGGCAUCAUUGAUUUUGGUUGUGAAGAAGAUGAGAUUAUGAUGCAAAUGGCUAAUUGCGGGAUAGUGAGAGAGAGUGUGGAAGAAGUAGACGAGUGGCAAGUCUACCAGAAAUCAUUGGUUAAGGGGGUAGAUGUUGAUGAGGAAUUAGAUUUAGGAGAUUCCUUAGGUAGUCUGUUUGAUGAUGAGGUAGAAGUUGAGGUAGAGAAAAAAGUGUUAAGUUGGGAAGAUGAGUUUUUAGGGGAGCUAGAAGAUUUAUCAGAUUCAGAACAAGGAGGGGAAUUUGAUCCAUUAGGUGAUUUAGAAAAUUUAGAAGCCCUACUAGAAGGUAAACCCGAGAAAAUAAAUGAACCCACACCGCACGUAGAAAUUAAGUGUGGGGAUCUUCCUAAGGAAGUGGACCAAGUGGUGGAAGAGGAAGAACACCACAGCUGGCCCGUGGUACUUAUAAUAAAUGAAACUAAAAAAUCAAAACCACGGGAGAAGGCAAGGAAAAGAAAAAUAAAGAACCGGGAUUGGUUGCAGGUCAAAAGCUGGUACAAGGAGGAGAGGAAUGAGCCUUUGAAGCAAGACCAUUCUUCUCAUUACAUGCCACGCAUCCGGUUCAUGCCAGGUAAAUUUAAAUUCUGGUGGUCUGACCCGUUUCUAAUUUUUAAAUUCUUUUAUAAUUCCACCAUUAAAUUUUUAAUUGUUUACGAAGAACGGGUGGAAUUAAACGGGUUAGAUAGGGUCCAGAUCAAGGAGAAACCUCCUGAUUAAGUUCAAGUAUGGGGAGGUUUCUUGUAGAGUUUGUAAAUUUAUAUAUUUGGUGUAUUUUCGGUAGUUCGUAGUUUUUGUAUAUUGAGUCUUAUUUAGUAGUUUUUGAGUCGUUUUUUAGAGUCGGUAUUGCUUUGGUUUUUGCUUGUUUUUGUUUAUGCAGGUUUGAAUUGUACCACCCAUACUCAAUCUCCAUUCGGGUGAUUUUGGAGCUGCUUAUCAAAUAUCAGGCAUUUUACCAAGCAUGUUAGUCAGAGUCUAAGCCGAUUGCGACCGAAAUGCUAUACGAUCGAGCUGGAUUGGACGAGAGUUAUGGAGCAUACACGAUAAUAAACCAGCUAAGUCCUUUCCAAUUAUGCCCUUUGUUUUUUUAUUUCUUGGUGCAAAUGGAGCGAAAAAGAGUAAUAAGGAAAUAACCAGCCAGUUGGGCAUGGUGAAGUGCCAGGGACCGAAUAAAAAUUGCAGCCAUUUUCCGUGAUUGGGCCGGACCCACUAUCUCUAUAAUAUUUAUAUAUUGGUCAACUACAUGUUCAUAUUCAUAAUCAUAAGAGGCAUAUAUAUUUUAUUCUUUGGUGGUUAGAAGUGAUGUAUACAAAACAAAAAAUAUGGUGAUUGGAUGAAAAUAAUUGGCAAUAAUUAUUCUUACGUGAAUUAGGGGCUGCCAACAUUGAAUUAGUGGGCCGUAAAAAGGCGAAAGGAUAUAUAUUCGAAGAAAGUGGGAGGCGGCUAUAUUGUUGGGCCUGGGCUACCAAGAGUGGUGGACGCACACAAUUAGAAAAAAAUAAGGCUGCCAUAUAUAAAAGGGGGAGACGCACGAAGACGAAAAGGAGGAGGACGAAGUCAGCAGCAACUUGGAGUUCUUUGAGCGGUUUUAAGGGCUUGGAUCAUUGGUUUGAAGAUUGGAAGUGAAGGGAUCGAAGGGGCUGCAAAUCAACAUCAGACGCAAACAGUGGAGGCGACAAGCAGGGACGAAUUUUUAGAGAUCAUUGGCAAGGAUUCAAGGCUAGAGAAUUAUUUGGGUUGAAGCAAGAGGCUUAGGGAUCAAGAAUUAAACGGGUUUUAUCUAUUUAAUUCUCUUGUUUUCUUAGUUUCUUUAUUUUACUUCAAUGAAUUCCGUUAUUGAAUCUUGUUUGUUAUCUUCGUUCAUGACUUUGAUUGGCUAAACUUUUAACCGCCUAGACUUUGAUGAAUGGAUUAAUAUAAAGUUUUUACCUUU